AUGAACGCAGACCUUGGUUAUACAAUCAUCGACUACAAUCCAAAUGCGAAUGUCGAUAAGGCAUCAUACAACCAAAACACAGAUUUCAGCGUCACGUCGUAUGACCCAAACCAAUAUGCCAGGAAUUACAUCAUGGCUUUCGACCCAAAUAAUCUUAGCAACAAGUACAUGACUGAUGGCUAUAAUAAACACGAAGGUGGUGUCCAACCUCACAGCUCAAACGGCGUUAUGACGUCCUAUGAUCCAAACAAACUGACCGCCAGUUAUCUUCCAAACACAUUUAACCCAACCCAAUUAAAUGCCAAAUUCACUGGAUCAUUUGAUGCCAACUCUCAGUCAGAUUCGUUCAUGAGAGGUCCAACUGGAAAUAGCACAACACAAUCGGAAAGCCAAGGGACGCCAACAGUCAACACAAACUGGGCAGGACAGUGGAAGGGAGAAUGGCCAAGUAAACACACAGCAGAGGAAAGCGACUUACCUCAUGGAGUCACUGAAAAAACAUCGUGGAACGGUUCUUGGAGCAAAAGCUGGCCUGGUGUGCCAGACAGUUAUGGUUCUAUAGAUCAGGGAGUCAAUGUCCACACUUCUGCCACCAACCUUCACAAAGAUUCGUCCAUUGGAGAUCCAAGUGAAAAUAGCACAACACAAUCGGGAAGCCAAGGGACACCAACAGUCAACACAAACUGGGCAGGACAGUGGAAGGGAGAAUGGCCAAGUAAACACACAGCAGAGGAAAGCGACUUACCUCAUGGAGUCACUGAAAAAACAUCUUGGAACGGUUCUUGGAGCAAAAGCUGGCCUGGUGUACCAGACAGUUAUGGUUCUAUAGACCAGGAAGCAAAUGUCCACACUUCUGUCAUCAACCCCCAUAAAGGUAGUACAAAUUUAGAGGAAACCGUAGCAUAUCUACAAGAGCUUCUUGAUACCUUGAAAACAAAAACUGCAGAAACCGAAUUUUGA